UUUUUAAAGACUGGCCAAACGGAAUUGUUCAAAUGAAAAUUGUAACAAAUUCGACCAAUCCGUCAACUGGCCCAACAAUUUAUGCAAUGAUUUCAAAUUAUUUUUGGUCAAGAAUUUUUGUUUUUGGAAUAACUGGGAAUGCUAAAGCAGCAUCGUUGGUGGCAAUGUCUUGUGCAGCAUUUACAGCAAUAACUUGGGUACUUGAAUCAAAAAAUGAUUAUGAAACUUGGGUUGCUUCUCGCCGGGAUAGAGAAAGGAACAUUCCUGAAAUUUUGCUGCCAAAAACAAUUUUUGAUUGGAGCGAGUUUAAUAGGACAGAAGAUAAAAAUUGA